AUGGCGCCACCCCUAUUACGUCUCCGAUUUUUACUCUCGAUACUCUUGGCAACAGCAUUCCUUUACAUCCUUUGGCCAGGAAACUUUCACUCUUGUAAACAAAAUGUUUGUCCUCAAAAAACGAUCGGAAAUUCAAACUCGGCGCCAGGACCUCUAAUCGAUUCAACGAGGUCCACCAUUAUAACUGAUCAUUCUGGCGCCUUAAAAGAGUACCUGAACCCAAAGGGCUACAUCACCUUUCUCAGUAUAUGGAAGAAACAACAUGAAGCGAUGGUUAAAAGUCUCGUGAGAAGUGCAAAUAUUGCCGUUGCGAAUAAUAGCGUCUACUCGGUAACACUAAAACCACAGUUACCACCAUCCGGCGACCCACAUGACUACAUGUCACUGGGUAGAUACUUUUGGCCAGAUCCAACGAAACCCGACGGUCUACCGUACAUUCGCAAAGACGGCUACCCCAAUCCCGAAUUUUUUACCGUUACCGAUUACGUCUACCUAAGAUUGAUGUUCAGGGAAGUUCAAGAUCUGGGAUAUGCCUACUUCUUUACUCGUAACGAAACUUACGUGACCAAAGCCAUGUACCGAAUACGAGAAUGGUUCUUGGAUCCGAAAACAAAGAUGAAUCCGAACUUGAACUAUGCUGGAUUUCGAAAAGGCCUAGUGUCAGGAUGGAAAACCGGUGUUCUAGACUUUCAUCAAGUGUUCAGAAUGUUACAAGCCAUUCCGUUGUUGAGGUAUUCUCAUCAGUGGGACCCAAGCAUUGAGAUUGGCUUGAAGGCAUGGAUGGUGGAUUAUUAUAAUUGGUUUACGACUUCUAAAAUGGGAAGGGGAGAAGGUAAAGCGUUGAAUAAUCAUGGUACAUUUUACGAUGUGCAAGCCUUAUUUUUACUGGGUUACCUUGGUCGCUACGAAGAGGCAAAAACUUUUGCUCUGCAAUCUCUUAAAAAUCGUGUCGACAAAGGCAUCCUUCCAACCGGUCAACAACCUCACGAGACAUCAAGACCCACAAGUUGGUUCUACUCCAUUUUUAAUUUGCAAGGAUUAUUUCUCCUCGCAGAGAGAACCGAUCACUAUGGCAUCGACGGUUGGAAUUAUGUGGGACCAGAAGGUCAGAGUAUCAAAAAGGCUGUUGAUUUCCUACUGCCUUAUGCACUAAACGACGGCGAAGGAUGGCCGGUAAAAAAUAUCAAGGGAUUUGAGAUGAACGAUUAUGUUAAGAUACUAGAACUGUCCUACAUUAUUUAUGGUGAUGAGAAAUACCUGGAGGCCGUCGAAGAACUGAGGCCAAAGGCCAAGGUGGAACAAGCGGCUGGCGUGAGAUUAGCCAAAUGGGAAGACAAUUAUCUAUGCGACAUGGCUUUAAUGUCUAAUAGAUUAAUUUGGAGUUGCCUGAGUUAG